GCGUCUUCACGACAAAGAUGACAUGGCGAUCAAAGAUGACGUUUACAUCCCUCUAGUCACGAAAAGAUCCGAUUUAAAGCCAGUGGAGGGCAAACAUUGGACCAGGGCAGAGAGAAAACAGUGGGCAGCAGGUUUAUUUACAGGAUGUGCAGUCCUGUAUGCUUGUCGAACUGUGACUCCAUUAUGUGUGGCAGCCAUGGCCAAAGAAAUGGGGUGGGAUAAAACUCAGUCAGGGUCAGUUCUUUCUUCUUUUUUCUGGGGCUACACAAUGACCCAGUUUCUUGGUGGCUACUUGGCUGACCGAAUUGGAGGAGACGUCAUUUUACCAAUAGUAGCGGUGUUCUGGUCCAUGAUAACAUUCUGGACGCCGCAAUUGGCUCACUUAUCAACAGACAAAUACCUCACCAUUCAGUUCAUUGUAUUAUCUCGAGUUUUUCUUGGCAUGUUUCAAGGUUUCCAUUAUCCCAGUUUUAGCUCCAUUAUAUCCAGGAAAGUUUCUGAGCAGGAGCGAUCCUUCACUUAUAGUUUUAUAUGCUCAGGAUCUCAUUUAGGUACUCUAUUGUGUGGAAGUGUUGGAUCUAUUUUGUUGGAAACAUUUGGUUGGCAGAGUGUGUUUUAUUUUGUUGGGCUGUGUAGUAUAGUGUGGAUGUUGUGUAUGAGGUACCUUGUGAUAGAGAGACACAGGAGGAAGUAUGCUCAGCCCCCAUCUGUCUCAGUCAGUGACAACACGAUACUGGCAGAAAAGUUCCCCGAGAAGAAAGCAGUGCCAUGGCUGAUGCUGUUUGUUAAACCAGCAUUCUGGUCUCUCCUAGUUGGACAUUUUUGUGAAAACAAUGCCUUUUACAUCCUAUUGUCAUGGUUACCCACUUAUUUUCAUGAAAAUUUUCCAGAUGCUAAGGGCUGGGUGUUCAAUGUGGUGCCAUGGGUGGUUACCAUGUUUAGUUCUGUCUUCAGCGGCUGGCUCGCUGACCACAUGUUGUCCAAAGGAUGGAGUGUAACAUUUGUAAGGAAGUUCAUGGAGUCCAUUGCCCUGUGUGGUACAGCCUCAGCACUCGUAUUCCUGUCCUACACCAGUACUUAUGGGUCGGCCCUGGUACUGAUGGCUAUAGCAGUCAUGUGCUGUGGCUUCCACAACAGUGGGAUCCUGGUCAACCCCCAGGACAUCGCUCCCACACACGCUGGCUCCGUCUUUGGUAUCAUGAAUAUGGCAGGUGCUGUUCCUGGCUUUGUGGGGGUGUACAUGGCUGGCCAUAUACUUGAAGCCACCAAGAGCUGGAGUGCAGUAUUUAAUCAGACGGCGGGGGUGUGCAUGUUUGGAUGGCUGGUCUACAUGAUCUUUGGUACAGGAAAGCAAAUUGUUUGAGAUGAAGCUGCCAUCAUGUUCACAUACACUACAAAAUCAUUGAAAUCAUUGGGUCAUAAUAAUAUGUGGUUUGUAUUUAUAAUGUAAUGUAAGAAAGUGAGACUGAGGAAAGAAAAAGAGGGCAAGUUUAGCGCAGUGCUGAUUUCAUUCUUGUACAACUGUGAUAAAUUGAUAAUGUUAAAAAAUAGCUGUUUAAUAUUAUUACAAGAUCUGUGAUUUUUGUGAGAAUGUGUACUUGUAAUAUAUGUCAUACAAACUUAUAUGCAUUUAUUAACUUUAUUUUUUUUAAAAAAGACAAUCUUUUUAGAAACUUAAUGAAAUCAACUUAAUUAAAUCAUAUACUGGUGUUAUGUAUCAGUUAAGUCUUGAGAAUUUAGUGCAAAUUUAAUGAAAGACUUGCAUUAAAUGUGAUACUUAAUUGUGCAGGGUAGUUAAAACUUGUUAAAUAAGCGUUGAAGUAAAAAAGUGAAAAUUAUGAGUAUUGUUGGGUGUUUAUGUUUUCGUGGCCAAGAGUUAGGUACAUUAAAUACAAGUAUUAGCAAAGAUUAUAUAAUUCCUUGAUCUAAAUUACAAGUCUAUACUGUAUAAUAUGCAUGAAUGUGUUUAUCAAAACAUGAUACUGAUUACCUAAUUUAUUUCACAUGAAAAUUGUGUACACUAUCUUGUAAUUCUGUUUGAAAUGUUUGAUAUAUGUAUACCGGUAUGAUACAAUUGUUAUGAGUGCAAUUAUUUGAUUUCUUUUUUUAUUAAUAUUAUUUAAAUAUGUAUAUUAUUAAUUUUUUAAUGUUUAAUAACAUAUAUGUCAUACAUUUAUAUAAUAUAAAACUUGCAUUUUUUGCCCCAAGAUUUAAGAUUUUGGGAGGGUUUUUUUGUGUACUUUUCUGUCCUCAACCUUUCCCCCAAACUUCAGAAUAAUUAUUAUGAGAUAUGGUUUACUGUCAUCAACCAAGUCUGAUCUAUUACCUGUAUAAGAUCUUAGUCACUUUUCAGUUUCCAACUCUGCAAAAUUGUUGUUGUGGGGGGGGGGGGGUAUGUAUUUGAAUUUUAACCUGGUCUAUACAAAAAAUAUUUUGAUCUUGUCUGAUGUUUUGCCUAUGAUUAGCUUCAGUCACAUUAAAAAUUGCUUUUACAAGACAAAGUUGGACUUGCAAAUACAAUUGCUUUACUGUAUUUUGUAAAUGCAAAUGCAAGGGAUUUACUACAUACAUGUAUAAAACUUUAUCUGGAUUUUUUUAUGUCUGUUUCUCAAUCACAAAUACUGCAUUUAAGAGGUACGUCUAGAUGGCUGUGGCCAUUUUUGGGCUAUUUUUACCUCCUUUAGAUGAAGAGCUCUGUAUGAGGAUAUAGGAACCUGUUUAAUUUUGAAAGCUAAAAUAUUCAGAUUUUUCCUUUAUUAAAUAAUAGUUCAAGGCCUAAAAUAUCAUUUUUGAAGUUUUAUGGCAGAUCUGAUGGGGUUUUUGUUUGGUUGUUGACCAUGCAUCUAGCCUCCUUAAUAUACAAUGUUCAAUAAUUCUUCAUUGCUCAAGAUUUUAGUUUCAAAAAGUUUCACCUCAAACCCACUAUGUUUAGGCAGCAAAUAAAGGGUGCAACGAAUCUGUACCUAAUGAUAAGACUUUAGAUUGGAAGGUGGCUGUUUGCUGUUUCAUUUCAUCUUCCAAAGUCAAGGGUUUCUGAUCCGCUUCACUGCUCACAAGUCGCGGAUCAAAAACAAUUGACUUGGGAAAAUGGUUUCAUUUAUGUUUGCAAGUUUCCAGUUCAUCCUUCAGUGUAAAUGUGUAUGAAUAACUGAGGGAAAGAUUCCACUCAUAAAUGUAACUGUGUACAAUGUUGUAAACCGUCCAAAGACCGUCUUAGACGUUAUCAUUACGUAAGGUUUGGGAUUACCAUUGAUAGAAUGGGUUUUACAUGUUUUGGAUUUAUUUAUUGAAUAAAUAGGUAACAAUACAGUAGCGUCGGAAGAAAAUUGAAAAUGGGGUGAGGGGGUGAGACAUAUCAGAAAUCUUUGCAAGAAAAAAAAGGAUCAUAGGUAUGGUUGUCUAACUUUGCAAAAAAACCCAAAAAACAUGGGGGGGGGGGGGGUCCGACGCCUAUGCGAUAUCACAUGACUACGCUUGUGUAGCAUUUUCUUUAUGCCUAAAUUCCUUCAUGUAUAUCAGUGCGGUAUUCUCGGGAAAAAAUGCGGGUUUUCCUGGACAUGGUUAGAAAUCUAAUUGGUAUAUCGGUUCUCUAAAAGAAUUAACAUCUAACGUAGUUAAAUUUUAGCGUCCUUUUAAUCUCUGGAUUUUUUUUCACCCUUUGAAUGUUAUGAAACGUUCUACAUGUAUAUUUCAAAUACGAUUGCAUUUACCUUUUUAAAGGUAUUUAUAUUUUAAUGCUGUAAGAUAACAUUUAGCGAGUUACAGAAAUAUCUUAAUGUCAAACGUCUAUUAAUGUACUUUUUCCUACUCAUUUAAACGUCUUUUUGCUUCAAAGAAAUCUUAUCAAAUGUUUGAACUGUUCUUUUUGUUAUAUGUGAAUUAUUGCGAUCAUGCGUACCGUGUACGAGAAAUAAGGGCGUUAAAGCCCUGCACUAUUUGGAAGGCCAUUGGAACGAGAAUCUUGCCGUAUCUGUACAUGUCUUUGUACUUGUAUCUGGGGAUUCACUAGUACAUGUAUAUGGCAAUUCUGAUUCUGGGUAGUUUUAUUGUUGUUCUAAUAUUAAUGAAAUAAAAAAAUAAAAGGAAUAUCCUAACAA